AUGCUCAUCAGCGACGAUGACGCCGUGCUGCUAAAGAAAUGGAUUGUCAAGAGGCUGGAAGACAUCUCCGACGCAGAUUCCGAUGUCCUCGCAGACUACGUACUAGCUUUGGUCAGGUCCGAAGAUUCAGAUGAGCAGGUGAAGGUCAAUUGCUUGGAGAAUCUGGAAGAUUUCUUGCGCGACCACACUGGAUCGUUCGUCGACGACGUCUUCAACACCAUCCGCACGAAAUCGUACCUUCCGGAAGACGCGUCUUCAGCGCCUCAAGAAACACAAGCCGAGUCGCAGCCUUUCAACCCGCCUAGUGGCCCCGCCAAUGAUCAAUCGCGCAAGCGGACAUGGGGAGAUCGGGCAGGCAGCGAGCAGCGCGAUGGUCCGGACUCUCACUAUAGCCGCGGAACCGGUGGAGAAAGGGCCAUCAAGCAGAUGCGCCGAGGAAACUACCAGGGUGGGGGCGGCCGGGGAGGUCGCCACGGAGACAUGAGCAUUGCGGGCUUCCCUCAGGUUGACCCCAACAACCCGAUGAGCGCGAUCAUGGCCAUGCAAGCUUUAGGCUUUCCCCCUCUGCCGGGCAUGCCGCAGCUGCCCAUGGGCGCGCCGAACAACUUCGGCCAGAAAUACGACCCGAAGAACGCUUCCAUCGAUACCGACCGCAGAGCGAACGGUCACAGCGAUCGCCGCCAUCAUGAUAGGAGCCGUGGAGGUAGAGGGCGUGGCCGCGGUGACAGUGGUCGCCGUGGAGGACGCGCCCACUUCUCCCAAGCCGGGCCCAAUCAUGACCGCUCCAUCACGACCAUCGUCAUAGAAAACAUUCCCGAAGAGAAAUUCUCCGAAGACGCCGUACGCGAGUUUUUUUCCGAGUUCGGCAACAUCGAGGAGAUCACGAUGCAUGGAUACAAGCGUCUUGCGAUGGUCAAGUACGAUGACUACUCGUCUGCUCGCAAAGCGUACGACAGCCCGAAGGUCAUCUUCGAUAACCGCUUCGUAAAGGUAUACUGGUAUAAGCCGGACCAACACUCGGACGUCAAUGGUUCAAAUGGCAGGCGUAGUACCGAAGGCGUGAAGAAGGAGGAAGAAGAGAUGAUCGAUAUGGAGGAGAUUAAGCGGAGGCAAGAGGAAGCGCAGAAGGCACACGAGGAGAAGCAACAAAAGCUUAGAGAGGCGGAGGCGAAGAAGGCUGAGUUAGAUGCGAAAAUCAAGGCGCAAGCCGAAGAGCGCAAAAAGCUACUGGAGAAAUUGGCAGCGAAGUCGGCCAACAAGAAAACCGAGGCGCCAAGCUCGCCAACGAUCAAGGGCGGCGAUGCGGACGUCAAGUCGGAUGCGUCAUCGUCGAUAGGAGCCAACGGCUCGAGCGAGUCAAGGACCCCUGGCUCGCAAACCGAGGCAUUGCGGUUGAAGCUCGCGCAGCUGGAGGCGGAGGCGGAGAGCAUGGGGCUCAACCCCAACGAUCCUGGCUAUGGUACAAGCACUUCGUAUCGUGGCCGCGGCGGCAGGGGAGCUUCCCGUGGACGCGGCAGCUGGGCUCCUCGCGGUCGUGGUGGCUACGAUCCUUCAUACAGAGGCGGAUAUCGCGGUCGUGGCGGCUAUGGCAUGCCCAGGGGCGGCGCCGUCAAGCGUUUGGACUUCCGGCCUAGGAGAGUCGUGGCCAAGAUUGGCAAUGGAGAGGAAGAGUGGACGCCAGAUAGGGAUGAGGCGCUGCGCAGCCACCUUUUCAACAACUUCGAGUUUGACAGCAUCGACACAUACCCGGAGGGAGGCAAGAACGCCAUGGUCAUCGCCUUCAAGGAGCGGUACAUUGCUGAGAACUUCAUUGCACAAUCUCAAGAGAUCCCGUCGAUUGGUAGAGUCCAGCUCUCAUGGGCACCCAAUCCGCCGAACGCAAACAACCAGCAGCUACAACAAGGCGUGUCGUCGAAGCCGGAGUCGGUGGCUGAUGGUGAUAGCGGAGAAGACGUGAGUAUGGGCGAGGCGGGUGCUGGUGCGGUGAGCAGCAGUGCUGGUGUCGGCGGCGGUGCGGAGGAGUUUGAUGUUGCUGAUGAUGAGGACCGCUGGAUGGCGGCUUAA